UGCAGUUAUUCGUCUGCUGGACUACAACAUAUUUUUCUCCCUACAAAACGCGACAAACAUCAAGUUGGUCGUAUUGGAUUUUUCCAGGAGACGAGUCUCGUGCCCUACGGGAUCAUCUAGUUAUUCAUUUGUUACGACAGCUAAUCAUGUUUGUGGCAUUAAGAAGCGGUUUAACCGCUAAAUUUCCUUUUUCUACUAUUGGCAAGGAGUUAUGUAAGGUUGUCUCAAAAAACAAAUUCCAAGUGGCAACUCUCACAAGAGCUGCCUGGCGAGAUGAAGAUGAGGUUCCACUCAUCAAGCCUUUCCCCUACCAUGAGAAAGAAUAUACUGUCCUCACAAUGCUUAUGGAUGUCCACAAGUGCCGAGUUCACAAGCACUCCAAAUUGAUCGUUCUCGAUGGUCCACCAGCAAUUGGAAAAAACAAGUUGGCCAAAGAAUUGGCAAAAGAGUUUGACUUUUUAUAUUUGCCACAACCAACUUUUGAUGACCUGUAUGUCACAUACUGGGGAUUUGAUGUAAGAUCAUUAGAUCCUAAGUUACCCGAAAACGCAAGAACAUGGGACAUUGAAAGAUGGCUGCACAAUCCAUCUCACGUGAACACGUGUUCAAUGCAAAUGUACAUGUAUCUGUUGAGACAAAAACUUUGGAUGAAUUGCUUGGCUCAUAUUCUAUGUACUGGACAAGGUGUUGUCACUGUAAGAUCUCCAUGGAGUGAUGCUGUAUUUGCUAAAGCAAUGUGUAAGAAUAAAUAUUUAACACCCAAAGGUUUAGAAUACCAUGAAGAUGCUCUUGAUGCAUCACUGCACUUUUAUUUGAGACCGCACUUGGUAAUCUAUUUAGAUGCUCCAGUCAGUACUAUCCAACAAAAUAUUAAAAAACGUGGACUGCCACAUGAAAAAAAUAACAAAGCUCUCACUGACAAAUUUCUCACUGAUCUUGAAGAAAGUUACAAGAGUGAUUACUUAGCCAAGAUCAGUGAACACUCACAUCUCUUAAUUUAUGAUUGGUCACAGGGUGGUGAUACUGAAAUUGUGCUUGAAGAUAUAGAAUCCUUAAACUUUGAUGAUAUCCCUGACAAAGAACUAUUGUUAAGUGACUGGAGAUUUGAACCUUUUCAGUACAAGAUUCACAUUAAGCACUACACAUAUGACUCUGACAUGUAUCUUAUGAACAUGGAUAUUGCCAGAACUGAUGUACCAGAAAUGAUUUUGUCACCUGAGGAUUGGAAAGCAUUUGAUAAUGUAUGGUAUAAUAUUCCAGAUUCAAAAUAUGAUCCAGGAUAUAACAUCUUAAAGGGUGAUAAAGAUGUUCUGUGGAAAGACAAAUUUAUACUAGCCAAGGAUCAUGUUACACCAUUGAUUCAAAAAUAUUAUGAAAGGAAACAAAAAUUGAAAUCCGGUUAAAAAGUUAUUAUUAUUUUUCUGAAAAUUGUUAAUUAUUUAUGUAUACAAACAACAAUAGUAAAAUUUCUAAAAAAAUAAAAUUAGAAAUAAACGGACUUCAUCAAAGGCUACUUUCUUAAAAAAUUGUUUUUAUUGUUUUAUGUUUUUAC